GUUUGAACCGCCCGUCACGCAAACCAUGCGCCUACUCGCCGACCUGGGUCUGGUCGUCGCGCGUGGCAUCGUGGAACGCGAGAUGCGAGCCAACCCAGGAGCCCUCGUCGCCGCCGCCGCCGCUGCACCCGGCCAGCGAUCCCGAGCAGGAAAGCAGGGCUCAGCUGCGGCCGCGGCGGCGACGGAGGCGGCGGUGGUUGCUGCGGUUGCUGAGCUGGCUGGGCGGGAACACCCGGGGCAAGCGCUGGUGCCUGUGCGACUGUACAAGCUGGUUAAGUUGGGGGAGGCCAAAGCCUACAAGGCGGACGGCGCCUGCCUCCCCCCCAGCUACAACUGCAUCCUCAACCCCGCCAUCACCGAAACCAGCCGCCGAGCCGCAGCCCCGCCGGGUAGACAGCUCGCCGCCGCUGCUGCAGGACCUCCCGCCACCGCUAGCGGACGUGGCGGAGGUACCGGCGGCGGCGGUAAGCCUGUACGACAGCAGCCUAGUAGCGGAGGCGGCGGCAGCGACAGCGGAGCUAGUACGAACGCCGACGGUGAUGGUGAC